AUGAACUUCUUCUCCAACCCGUUUCGAGCGCCGUCACGGACGGGGGCGGACUGGUUCCCGGUCGGUCUGGCCUCGUCAUUCCCCGAAGUUGGCUCUGAUGAGAACGAAACCGAGCCUCGUCUCUGUGGUAACCGUGGUGAGGAGAAAGGGACGCCGGGCUGCAAGGUCUUUCACGUUCCCAGGACAGACACAACUCAACGAACGGAGCUCGAGAUACCCGCGGGUGACGACGUUGAAAUACCGGGGGAUUUGGCCAACCAAGUUCUCGUGUUCCAAUUCCGGGGGAAAAUCCACGCUAUCGAUCAUCAAUGUCCUCACUCGUCAUACCCCCUUUCGCAGGGCAUCCCGUUUGAUAUCGAGGACUUUGGGGUCGUCUUGAGUGCUGGGCUUACAUGCCCCAAGCACAAUUGGUCCUUUGACUUGUUCUCGGGCCGGUCCGACCGCGGGAACUACAAACUCAAAGUGUGGGAGGUCCAAUUGCGCGACGUGGAGGGAGGAACGGCCAACGAUAAGGAGGUGUGGGUGAGGAGGAAGCCGAGAAUUGGCUGA